GUACAUCCAAAAAUGCACUCGAGGCUUUAAUAGAAAUUCCGUAGAACAGUACGUAAUACGCGUUCGUUAAUUAAUGUAUAUUUCUUUUUAAUUGGAUACGAGCAUUUGUCAAGAUCGCUGUGGGUGUAUUAUUGCCCGACUGGGACAUUCACGCGAGAGGUCGGGCCAGCUAGACCAACGAAGUUUCAAGCUCUGGAUGAGGGUCACGAAUUCAGUCCCCCGAUUAUACCUAAUCUGUGGAGAUAAUUAAUUUCAGUGUCUCUGAGGCGAAAUACAAUUUGGAAUACCCAAAAACGAUAGAGGAAGCAUUUGUCCUCAGAGAUGGGAGAAGGGGUGGAAGGUAUAUUAGGCGCGGUUCCCUCUAUCUCUAAACUCCGGGGGACCAACAACGAUGACUGGAUUGAUCGUCUCAAUCAUCGUUACACAGUUAUCCUCCUUGUUAUCUUCGCUGUUGUCGUCAGUACGGGCCAAUUUGUGGGCGAACCAAUUCAGUGCUGGUGCCCGGCCGAAUUUACAGAUGCAUAUGAAGCCUACACUACAUACAUCUGCUGGAUUUCUAAUACGUACUAUAUUCCCAUGGAGGAAACCAUUCCAAUUGAUAUUCGUACGCGACAGGAAGCGGAAAUAACAUACUAUCAGUGGGUACCCAUCAUUCUACUUUUCCAGGCGCUAAUGUUUAAAGUCCCGAAUCUUUUCUGGCGAUUUACUCAUAGCGCUUCCGGUGUGAAUCUGGAUAAGAUUGUCGCCAUGGCGGAGGAAACUCAACUUGGUUCUCCCGAUGAUAGAGCGGAAGCGAUCAAAAAUCUCGCCAGCUACCUGGACAAGUGGCUGGGAACUUACCAGGAGUACAGAAACAAUAUCUUUGUCCGUGCCAAGAAAAAAGCAGAGAGGUUUUGCUUCUUCAUCUGUGACCGCCGAGGUGGGACAUAUCUAAUAGGUCUCUUCAUCACAAUCAAGGUUGUCUACAUGGCUAACGUAAUUGGACAAUUUUUCAUCCUUAAUGCGUUCAUGGCAACGAAGUACAACCUUUACGGUUUUGAAGUGAUUCAAAAUUUGAUUGACAAUGAACCGAUGAUGGAGUCUCCGCGAUUUCCACGCGUGACCCUAUGCGACUUUCAGAUCAGACAACUACAGAAUCUUCAGCGUUGGACAGUGCAAUGCGUACUUCCUGUUAAUCUAUUCAACGAGAAAAUCUUUAUUUUCCUGUGGUUUUGGUUUUUUCUAAUCGCUUUCCUGACAGCUAUAAAUCUUUUAAAAUGGUUGUUCUACCAGCUAUACCAAAAUAAUAAAGUGCAAUAUGUUAAAAAGUACCUGAAAAUAAACAAUGAAAUCAAUACAGGUUUCGAUAAGAAGUUGUGCGCUAAAUUCUCCAGGGAAUAUCUCAGAAAUGACGGUAUAUUCCUUAUGUAUGUGAUUUCUAAAAACUCCACAAAUCUGGUUGUUACAGAUCUGUUGCACGAACUCUGGAAAAUUUUUAAGGACAAACACAAGCCACAUUCAAACAACAUUGACGAGCCUCUCUUGAACAGCGAGAAAGAACCUCUUGAAGGAGGCCAUCUUCACAACAGCUCAGCUUAGAUCUGCAAGUGAGUGCUUGCUCAAAUACCGAGGGGGUACGAAGAGUUCGUCCGACUUCCAUUGUGUUUCGGAUUCCCCGGAAGUGACAUGACCACAGUCCCAAGACUGUGAAUACCAGAAGAUGGAAAGUGCUCAUGUGAAGGAAUGCUUUCGAAUUUUGAUCGGAGAGACAAUUUUAUUAGGUGCUAUGGUUAUGUCGUUUCUUAAUUGUCAGUCUGAAUUUGAAAAAAAAAAAUAUACAUGUAUUACAUGACAAAUUAAUUUUCAACUUUAGGUUGAAAAUUAAUAGACGGAACAGUUAUAUAUAGUCGGGUUGUGUCUCAUUUCUUACCGGUAUCAGUAACAUGAUUUUUGUAAAGGUCCAGUGCAUUUUUUAAAACGACUCACAUUCGAAGAUAUUAACCGUUUUUGUAUAGAUAUACAAUGUACAUUUUUUCAGUCGCAGAAUCGGUUUGUUUAUUUUGUAUUUUUGGCGUAAUUGUAUGCUUCGUGGCAUUAUUCGUAAAUCGCUGUGAUUAACAUUGAUGUGAAGUUACACACAGUAAUGGUGCUAUUCAUCUAAUCGGUGACCAUUAUUUUUGAUUUAGCUUUGACAUUUUGUAAAACUAUGAAUGCUGAAUUUGAAAUUAUAAUAACGGAAUGUGAAUUAUUUGUUUUACUUACAUAUCAGGAGUUCUACUCGUUGCAGUAAGUUUACAAUGUUCCUUGCCAAAAUAUAUGGAGUGUUUUACGAUUUUUAUGGGUUUUUUUUCUUUUCUUUGUAUAACUUAUAAAAGUUGGCGUUUACAUUUUGUAAACUAACGAACUGUAUAUAAUUUCAUAGUAAAACAAUUCAAAACAUA